AUGGGGAACAAGGAGGAGGAGGAGGAGGGGGAGGAGCAGGAGCAGGAGCAGGAGGAGGGGGAGGAGGAGGAGGAGCAUGAUGAUGAUGAUGAUGAUGAUGAUGAGGAGGAGGAGGAGGAGGAGGAGGAGGAGCAGGCGAUAGAGGGCCUCCCCAACGACCUCUUCCGGGAGAUCCUGUCGAAGGUGCCGUACCGGUCGCUCUGCCGCCUCAAGUGCGUGUCCACGGCGUGGUUCAUUCUCUGCUACGACCCAGCUGUCCUCAAGAGGUCGCCCCAGACGCUCUCCGGCUUCUUCGGCCUCUCCGGCAGCGGCAACAACAGCUUCAUCAACCUAUCCGGAAAAGGCCAGCCGCUGGUCGACCCCUCUCUCUGUUUCUUGUGCGACCACGACUACGUCUGUCUCCUAGACUGCUGCGCCGGCAUUCUCCUCUGCCAAGGCUGGAAUCAGGCCACCAAACGCUCGGAAUACGUCGUGUGCAACCCUGCCACCGAGGAGAUUUGGGCUGCGGUGAGUGUGCCUCACACGCAAGAGAAGGGAGCUCCGCGACACUACACCUUCUGCUUGUGUUUCGACCCCGCCGUACCUCACCGUUUUGCAGUAUUCAUCUUCAUUCCUGGUUUCUACGACAUAAGUAUGGUAGAGGUAUACACAUCGGAUACCCGAAAAUGGACUUCCAUGCCGAGCGGAUGGGGUGAAUGGAUUCGGGUGUUUGGUGGCGAAGGAUAUGUUUUCUUAAAUGACACUCUGCAUUUCAUUGCCUAUGAUUCCGAGGAGGACACAUUUGACUCGGAUGGGGUCACAACACGCUCGAUAGUUACCAUAGACACGUCUGGCAAUACGUGGAGGAAAAUUCCACAACCGCCCAAAGUUGAUUUUACUUUUAUCGGACAAUCUCUGGGGUGCUUGUAUGGUAUGCAGAUAGAUCAUGGUAACGGUUGUCUGCUAUCAGUUUGGGCUCUUGAGAACUAUGCUAGUGGACAGUGGACCUUAAAGCACACUGCCAGCAUUUUGGAGCUGCUAGAAAGGCCUUGUCUAGAGCACGGUGAGCACUACACCUUGGUUGCAAUCCAUCCGGAACAGAACCUAAUUUUCCUUAGUGGAGGGGUGGAAUCGGAACAGACACUUAUGUCGUAUGAUAUGGAUACCCAGAAAUUGCAUAGUAUCUGCACUCUUGGAAACUAUGGUAUUGUAAACCUUCAGCCAUACGUUCCCUGUUUUGCGGAACGGCCAUCUGAUGCUCAGUGA